GAGGAAACCGGCCGGCGGGGCGGGGCUCCGUCGGGGGCGGGGCCGGCGCGGCGGGGCUGGGGCCCCGGACGGCGAGGCGGGCACGGGCAGCGGACGGCGGCCGCCGAGGAGCAAUGGCUUGAGCCCCCAUGGCUGCCCCUCAGGACCUGGACAUUGCUGUGUGGCUGGCCACGGUGCACCUGGAGCAGUAUGCAGACACAUUCCGGCAGCACGGCCUGGCUACAGCGGGUGCAGCCCGGGGCCUGGGCCACGAGGAGCUGAAGGAGUUGGGUGUCAGCGCCACAGGGCACCGAAAACGCAUUCUGCGCCUGCUGCAGGCAAGCACUGCAGAAGGCUUCCUGGAGGAAGCUACCCCAUCGGAUAAUGCCAUGGAGCCAUCCCCCAGCUCAGCCUUCCAAGCCCCGCUCCCCAAGCCUGUGCCUAAGCCCAGGACGGUAUUUGGUGGGCUCAGUGGCCCUAGCACCACCCAGAGGCCUGGGUUGAGCCCAGUGCUUGGGAGACCAGAAUUGUCCAGGAGCCCGGAGUCCAGCCCUCCGCUCCCCACCUCUGACUCUGAGCAGCCUGCAGCCAUGAGUACUGUGGAGAUGAUGCCCAAUGCUAUCUACUUUGGCCUGGACUUCCGAGGCAGGGCCCAGGCAGCUCAGGACAUGGCGCCAGACAGCACCCAGACAGCCGCCCCUACGCCUGCCCUCAGGCCCACAACAGGCACAGUGCACAUCAUGGACCCUGGUUGCCUUUACUACGGUGUCCAGCCUGUGGGAGCCCCAGGGGCCCCUGACAGAAGAGAAGGCAGAGGUGUCUGUCAGGACAGGGCUGAACACAGGCUCAGUAGGCAGGAUCUGGAGGCACGGGAGGACACUGGCUAUGCCAGCCUUGAGCUGCCCGGGGAUUCCACCCUCUCAUUGCCCACCCUGGACAUGGAGACCAAUGAGGACCUCAUUUCACCCUAUGCCAGCUUCUCCUCCACGGCAGACCGCCCCACACCUGUGCUCAGUGGCUGGCUAGACAAGCUGUCCCCUCAGGGAAACUACGUCUUCCAGAGGCGUUUUGUGCAGUUCAACGGAAGGAGUCUGAUGUACUUUGGCAGUGAUAAGGACCCCUUUCCCAAGGGGGUGAUCCCUCUGACCGCCAUCGAGACGACCCGAAACAGCAAGGACAACAAGUUCCAGGUUGUCACGGGCCAGAGGGUGUUUGUGUUCCGCACAGAGAGUGAGGCUCAGCGGGACAUGUGGUGCUCCACGCUGCAAUCCUGCCUGAAGGAGCAGCGCCUCCCAGGCCACCCCCGACCACCCCAGCCACCCCGACCCCUGCGGACAGGCAUGCUGGAGCUGCGCGGACACAAGGCCAAGGUGUUUGCUGCCUUGAGCCCUGGAGAGCUGGCACUGUACAAAAGCGAGCAGGCCUUCUCUCUGGGCAUCGGGAUCUGCUUCAUUGAACUGCAAGGCUGCAGUGUCCGGGAGACCAAGAGUCGCAGCUUUGACCUGCUCACGCCCCAUCGCUGCUUCAGCUUCACAGCCGAGUCUGGGGGUGCUCGGCAGAGCUGGGCGGCCGCUCUGCAGGAAGCAGUAACCGAGACCCUGUCUGACUACGAGGUGGCUGAGAAGAUCUGGUCCAAUCGGGCCAACCGGCACUGUGCAGACUGUGGGGCCUCCCGCCCAGACUGGGCCGCUGUCAACCUGGGCGUGGUCAUCUGCAAGCAGUGUGCAGGUCAGCACCGGGCCUUGGGUUCCGGGGUCUCCAAGGUGCAGAGCCUGAAGCUGGACACAAGUGUCUGGAGUAAUGAGAUAGUGCAGUUGUUCAUUGUCCUGGGAAAUGAUCGUGCCAACCGCUUCUGGGCAGGGGUACUGCCCCCAGGUGAGGGGCUGCAUCCAGAUACAACUCCUGGCCCCCGGGGAGAGUUCAUCUCCCGGAAGUACCGGCUGGGUCUCUUCCGGAAGCCCCACCCUCAGUACCCAGAUCAUAGCCAGCUUCUCCAGGCUCUGUGUGCAGCUGUGGCAGGACCCAGCCUGCUGAAGAACAUGGCCCAGCUCCUCUGUGUCGAGGCCUCGGAGGGUGAGGAGCCCUGGUCCCCAUCAGCAGCUCUCAAUGGCAGCUGCCCUGGUCUCCUGCACCCAGACCCCUCCCCUGGUGUGUACAAUGAGGUGGUGGUGCCUGCCACUUAUAGCAGCUUCCUGUACUGUGGUCCCAUCAGUAACAAAGCUGGACCCCCACCCCCUCGCAGGGGCCGCGAUGCUCCUCCUCGACUGUGGUGUGUACUGGGAGCGGCUCUGGAAAUGUUUGCGUCAGAAAGCAGCCCUGAACCCCUCAGCCUCAUUCAGCCCCAGGAUGUUGUAUGUUUGGGUGUGAGCCCCCCACCUGCUGACCCAGGUGACCUCGACAGGUUUCCCUUUUCCUUUGAGCUCAUCCUCACGGGGGGGAGGAUUCAGCAUUUUGGCACAGACGGAGCUGACAGCCUGGAGGCCUGGACCAGCGCCGUGGGCAAGUGGUUCUCCCCGCUGAGCUGCCACCAGCUGCUGGGCCCUGGGCUGCUGCGGCUGGGCCGCCUGUGGCUGCGGUCCCCCUCCCACACAGCCCUGGCCCCUGGCCUCUGGCUGUCAGGGUUCGGACUUCUUCGUGGUGACCACCUCUUCCUGUGUCCAGCACCGGGCCCUGGACCCCCAGCCCCUGAGGACAUGGUGCAUCUGCGGCGGCUACAAGAGAUCAGUGUGGUCUCGGCAGCUGACACUCCAGACAAGAAGGAGCAUUUGGUGCUGGUGGAGACAGGAAGGACCCUGUAUCUGCAGGGGGAGGGCCGGCUGGACUUCUCAGCGUGGAACGGAGCCAUUGGGGGGGUAGCCGGCGGGGGCGGCACAGGGCUUCAGGAGCAGCAGAUGAGCCGGGGUGACAUCCCCAUCAUCGUGGAUGCCUGCAUCAGUUUUGUCACCCAGCAUGGACUCCGGCUGGAGGGCGUAUACCGGAAAGGGGGUGCCCGCGCCCGCAGCCUUCGGCUCCUGGCUGAGUUCCGGCGGGAUGCACGCUCAGUGAAGCUCCGACCAGGGGAGCACUUUGUGGAGGAUGUCACUGACACGCUGAAACGCUUCUUUCGAGAACUUGAUGACCCUGUGACCUCUGCCCGGUUGCUGCCUCGCUGGAGGGAAGCUGCCGAGCUUCCCCAGAAGAAUCAGCGCCUGGAGAAAUACAAAGAAGUGAUUGGCUGUCUGCCGAGAGUCAACCGCCGCACACUGGCUACCCUCAUUGGGCAUCUCUACCGGGUGCAGAAGUGUGCGGCUCUAAACCAGAUGUGCACGCGGAAUCUGGCCCUGUUGUUUGCACCCAGUGUGUUCCAGACGGAUGGGCGGGGGGAACACGAGGUGCGGGUGCUGCAGGAACUCAUCGAUGGCUACAUCUCUGUCUUUGAUAUCGACUCCGACCAGGUAGCUCAGAUUGACUUGGAGGUCAGUCUUAUCACCACCUGGAAGGAUGUGCAGCUGUCCCAGGCUGGAGACCUCAUCAUGGAAGUCUAUAUAGAGCAGCAGCUCCCAGACAACUGUGUCACCCUGAAGGUGUCCCCAACACUGACUGCGGAGGAGCUGACCAAGCAGGUACUGGAGAUUCGAGGGACAGAGGCUGGGAUGGACUUGUGGGUGACGUUUGAGAUUCGCGAGCACGGGGAGCUUGAGCGGCCACUGCACCCCAAGGAAAGGGUCCUAGAGCAGGCCCUGCAAUGGUGCCAGCUCCCGGAGCCCUGCUCGGCGUCCUUGCUCCUGAGAAAAGUUUCCCCGGCCCAGGCCGGCUGCCUCUUUACAGGUAUCCAGCGUGAGAGCCCACGGGUGGGGCUGUUACGGUGUCGAGAGGAGCCACCCCGCUUGCUGGGAAACCGCUUCCAGGAGCGCUUCUUUCUGCUGCGUGGCCGCUGCCUGCUCCUGCUUAAGGAGAAGAAGAGUUCUAAACCAGAACGGGAGUGGCCUUUGGAAGGUGCUAAGGUCUAUCUGGGAGUUCGCAAGAAGUUAAAGCCUCCAACGCAGUGGGGCUUCACGCUGAUACUGGAGAAGAUGCACCUCUACCUGUCCUGCACUGAUGAGGAUGAGAUGUGGGACUGGACCACCAGCAUCCUCAAAGCCCAGCAUGAUGACCAGCAGCCAGUGGUCUUACGACGCCAUUCCUCCUCUGACCUCGCCCGCCAGAAGUUUGGCACCAUGCCCUUGCUGCCCAUUCGUGGGGAUGACAGCGGAGCCACCCUCCUCUCUGCCAACCAGACCCUGCGGCGACUUCACAACCGGAGGACCCUGUCCAUGUUCUUUCCAAUGAAGUCAUCCCAGGGGUCUGUGGAGGAGCAGGAGGAAGCAGAGGAGCCUGUGUAUGAGGAGCCAGUGUAUGAGGAAGUGGGGGCCUUCCCUGAGCUGACCACGGAUACCUCCUCCUCCUCCUCCACCACGCAGGAGCAGACAGCCAAGCGAGAGACCCCCGUGGCCAGCCAGAAGUCCUCUGACCAACCCCUUCUUUCCAAGACAGGCACCCUAGGCUGGGAGGAGAGGCCACCGGAGCCCCCUCCAGGCCCCCCUUCAAAGAGCAGCCCCCAUGGGUCUCUGGAGGAGCAGCUGCUGCAGGAACUCAACAGCCUCAUCCUGAGGAAGGGAGAAGCCACCACAGGCCCAGGCAGCCCCUCCCAGCCGUCCAGCCCCAAACCCCCAAGCCCCAGUGACCUUCCGACACAGACAGCUGGCUUCCCCGCACAACCUCCCUGCACUUCCAGCCCACACUCCAGCCAGCCCCUCACAUGACCCCAGGACCAGCCAUCUGAGGGGGUAGGUAACCAAGGGCACAAGCUCUAACCAGGGCAGACGCUGCUGGGAGCUUCCUCUGCCCUAGCUGGAAAGACUCCGGGAUCCAGGGCGCUGCUGUGGAAGGAGCACAGACUGCGGGCUCAGCAGGCUAUGUCCUGCCCAGCGAGUGGCAGGUCACGGCCCCUCUGGGGGCCUCCACUCACUUAUCUGUACCACCGUGUAACUGAAGUAAGGAGAGAAGUGAUCGCCAAACUGUUUCUCAGGGCUGUGAGCCCCAUGUAUUUUCCUUCAACAAGGGCAACUCCUGCUUUAGAAACUUGAUCUGUAGGGGUUCUGUGAGAGAUUUGGGGUUUGAUAAGAAUGGUUUUACUGCAUUAAAAAAUAGAUUUGGAAGCCAGA